AUCUAAUGAAUGUUUAAAAUGAUCAAACCAUUUCGGUAGUGUGAUCAGUUUAGCUCGCCAUAGAUAAGAAACAUGAAUUCAUCAAAGGCUUUUGUGCUGCUGAUUAUUCUUUUAAAUGUUGUGCCUGGACUUUGUCAAACAGAGUGGGUAGAAAUUAGCAUAGACUUGAGAAGAAGUAUCGGAUCGGCUGGAGACGCAUCUGCUUAUCUUGGAGGAACUUAUGAAGGCAUGUUGAAAGCCUUUGUACAGGUACCUCCAGGCCAUAGUGGCGGUCCGUUUGCUCGUUAUUAUGUUUACUUUUUUGUCGGGUUUCCGGAUGGAGAGAUAAGAAUGUGUAAAGGUAUUGUUUUGUGGAGAUUCCCAUCGUUUGAAAGGAUAACUGAACUGGCGAGGUGUGGUUUGUAGAUAACAAAUCAAAAGUUCACAGACAAAGGAUUUCACCAUUAGUAAUCCGGAUCAGUCGCCUUGAUCAAGAAAGGAUUUCACAAUGUUCAGUCAGGACACUUUAUAUUAUUAUUCAGAAAAAAUGUUUACAAAUUAUUCACAUCAUUAAUAAAUAGGAACUUACAAUAUCCUUAUCAUGACAAUAUGUCUUUGUAAAUGAAAGCAAACAUAAAUCAAAGCACAGAAGGCGCUGAAUUUGUUUGGGUCUCAGAAUGUCA